UGCUGGAUAAAAGAGCGUCCGUGCGGCGAAUUUGGUGUACUUGCUGAACGGUGACAGAAUAUCUUGGACUGCCUGAAGAUACCUAAAAGAAGAGACCUCCAACAUAUUGAUCUCCAGACAUGUUGAGCCAUUGGCAUCUACUCCUGAUUGGGGGUCUUCUUUCGGCCUUCAUAUAUGGUGUUCCUGCGGAACUUGUACCCAAAUGUGAUUAUCUAUACUGGCCUGACCACGUGGUGUCUGCUCUUGGUCAGGAGUACAGCUAUGACGUGUUCCAAAUACCGACUGCAAUGUCCGCGAAGGCGUGUGAACUGGGUUGCAACAAGAUAUUAAGAUGCGCUGCCUUUACAUUUGGGACCGGGACUUGCAUUGGCGUCACAGAGAGGAUGAUUCGAAUGGUUUCUACUGCCUCCAUGCCGGGCGUCGUUACCAGCGGCAUUAAGCAAAACUGUGACGGAAGUUUCGUCAGUGUCGGAGCAGUCAAUAGCGUAAGUUUCACUUCGUGUCCAGCGACUACCUUCACAUCAAGCUGCGAGUGUAUCAAUCUGAUGGUUCCAGGCCAGUGUAAGGCGCAGCUCAAGUUCGAUUCCAACAAUCCAGGCGUUGUCUUUUGUAUUGCUACAAGCACACAAACUAUAGGUACUCCACGAAUCCAAGCUGUUAUCACGUGUUUGGAGAGAUGUGACACGAAUGAAUACACUUAUGCAGAAUACAGCGAUAGAGUGAAUGGCACCGACCCGCAGGAUAAGCUGCUGCCCUCUAUCGGCUGUCCUGAUCACUUUAUUGCUCCCAAGAUUGUUGGAUGCUCCAUCUAUUCUACUGACCCUUCACAAGUUCAGCCCGUCGCUAUCAUCGACAACGUUGCAGGCACGUGCACUCCGGAUAGGAACAUCACUGCCGGAAAUAACGUCGGUUUUCAGAUGCAGGUGGCGUGCGUUAAUGACGUUUUCCCUUGGAGCGAAUGGUCGGAGUGCACCGCCACCAACAUGAAAACAAGAACUCGGUAUUAUCAGAAAAGUAGCUGCGGUGGAUACGGAGUCGAAGAGCAGGUUUACCCUUGUUUAGUGUGUCAACCUAAAGUAGACGUGGUCUUCGUGCUGGACGGCAGUGGAAGCGUGAAACAGGCCAAUUUCGAUCUGCUGAAAGCGUUCGUCAAAAUGACCAUGAGCUCUCUGGCUAUAGGAGAAGACGGCAGUCGGUUUGGUCUGGUCCAAUUCAGUAACGAAGCUAGGGUAGAGUUCGAUCUUAACUCCUCCUACGACUUGGAAAACAUACUAAAGAUGGUGGACGACAUGAACUACUACAGGGGCUAUACUUACACACACAAGGCCUUGAAUUUAGUUGUAUCUCAUACCAUGCAAGAAGCCAAUGGCAACCGCCCGGAUGUCCAGGAUAUAAUUAUUCUACUGACAGAUGGCGCGUCUACCAAUGGUUCACUCACAACAGUAGCGGCAGAUGCGGUGAAAGCAGCGAACUACAGUGUCUUGGUGAUUGGCAUCGGUAACUACAAUAUGGCCGAACUGGAGUACAUCGCCAGUGAGCCUCUCAACGAGAAGCUAUACCUGGCGGAGUCCUUCGACGACUUGGCGCAAAUUAGCGCCAGUUUCCGCUCUUCUCUCUGUAAGACUGGCGACGUGGAUUGGACCGUGGGUUCUGACUACACUGAGUGGACAGCUUGGGGCACCUGUUCAGCUACAUGUGGCGGCGGUACUCAGUCCAGAUCUCGGCGUUGUCUGAACGCUGCUGUCUGCGGUAUGGAGGAGCAGUCUGAAACCCAGGAGUGUAACCAGUUUUGCUGCUGGGCUUCCAAGCACGACUUCCACAUCGACUGCAGAACAACCACUACUCUCCAACUCUACUGUCCCGAAGAUAAAUAUACCAGAUACAUCAGAGUAGAAGACGUCCUUAUUUGUCCGGAUGGUAACUGCAGUGCCGUCCCCGGGAUAAAGUCCAAGCUCGAGUCCAGGUGCAAUGAGCAAGGUUCUUGCAAGACGAUCUACCCUUGUGGAACAGGCUCCCAGCUUGACAUUCUGCACGUGUUGUUUGAAUGCUGCUUUUUCCCGGGCGGCAAAGGACCAAUCCCAGCGCAGAAUACACCCGGUGGUUGGCCGUCUCAUCCACACCCCCUGACGCCCCGCUCCUUCAAGAACGCUGUUGGGCGUGGCGGACCACGUGGUCACAAUCACGUGCCGGGGGCUAAUAAUCUCGGGCCGGCAAAACAUGGACCCAAGAGAAAGGGCCCCAAACGAGGAUGAUUUAUAGCCAUUUAGUGGACCACAAGCCUUAAUUUAGAGACAUAGUUAGACGUUUUUUAUAUAUACAAUGGCGCAAAGCGUCUUUUUAUAAAGUAUUUUAAACAAUGAAAAAGUAAUUAGGAGGCGUUGCAAUGUGUGUAAAUAACGACUGAAUGUGUUAAGUGCUUUCAAUAUAUUCCAUAUCAAAGGUGCCAUUGAGAAGCUGCAAAUGAACACUCACUUUGGAAAUUUUGUUCUGGAAUUCGUUCAGUGAUGUACCAUUUUCGGACUUUUUGACAUGUAGUGUUGUUUUAAAUGUUUUCUUACCCUGUAUUGCAUAAUAAAUUUUAGCCAUUUUCUC